AAUUGGCCGCUAUAAAACCGAAUCGUUUGCGUCGAGUCAUCUCAGUUUUGCGGACGCUCGUAGAAUUCCAUCGAAUUGCUAAUGAUUCAGAAGGCGGUACUUUUAGCAAUGGUCUUGGUAGGAGUUCAGAAUGAACCGCAAGGCCCGGCCUAUCUUCCGCCCAGCUCUCGACCAGCUCCAGGAGGAGGGGGCGGGAUUGGUCAUCCGGAUGAUUGGGCCGGUGAUCCGGCAAACUACGAGUUCUCGUAUGAGGUUCAAGACGCGGCGACGAAUCUGGACUUUGGUCAUCGUGAGAUGAGGAAAGACAUGGAAGCCACCGGAACUUAUCACGUACUACUACCGGAUGGUAGGACCCAGAUUGUCGAUUACGUCGCCGAUCAAGACGGAUAUCGGCCGAUGAUACGAUACGAGGGAACCGCCUCUUAUCCCGCGCCGGGAGCUGCGCCAGGAGCUGCACCUGGAGGACAGGAGGAGGGCUACAGAUAUUAAGGCUUUAUUUUUUUCUUGAUUAAGCGCUGAUCUUUAACGCAUUCUGAAAGGAUUAAGUAUUGUAAAGACACACAUAUAUAUAUAUAUAUAUAUAUAUAUAUAUAUAUAUAUAUAUAUAUAUAAAUACAUCACAAGCCCGAUCGUUUAGAGAAUGAAGCGUUUGCCAUGAUAAAGCCAACUAUAAUUUUAUUUAUAAUGCGUAAUAAAAAUUUGGAGGAAAAUAAUAAGAUUUCUUUAUUUUCUUUGAUAUCCGAUAUAAUAAUAAUUUAAGCUAAUAAUUUAAAUGCUAUACGUGAUUGUAAUAAUGCUAGCAUUUCUAAACGUCUCAUCGUAUUAAGCAAUGAAUUACAGAGAAUAUCGCGUCGAUAUAUAAUAUUCCGCUCAAAUAUGUGUUUCGUGAAAUUCGCAUGACUAUAUACUUAUAUACCAUAAUUUCUAGCAUAUUAUUAAUAAUAUUACCGAGAAACUAAAAGAUAUCGAGGAUAUAAAUAUUAUCUGCAGAUAAGCGUGUAAAAUCAGACGAGAUGAUGCGAAUGGCUAUGAUAAUUUUGUUAAGAUGAGCUCCACGCAAUAACACCGCAAGGAUUAUUAAAUAUAUCGAUGAAAUUUAGCU